AUGUCAAAUUCACUACGUCCACAAUCGGCCAGAAGAGCUCAAGUACAGAAGAAAUGUGACCUUUGUGAGACUGGCACUAACAUUCAGUAUAGAUGUGUGCAGUGUCAAAAAUUCAUGUGUGAAAAGUGCAAUACAAUUCAUCUAAUUGAACAAACAUCUGUCAAACAUGAGAUUAUAAAUAUACGGUCUAAUACGGAUCUUCCAGAUAUCCCAACUUUUGUGGUAACAAACAACAUUCCUUGUGACAGACAUAAGAAGAAGGAAUAUAGAAAGUACUGCUAUGAAUGUAUUGAACUAGUCUGUGAAGAGUGUAUAGAUAAGACUCACAGAGAGCAUCUAUUAGGGGAAAUAAAUGAAGGCUGCGUUUAUGAUAUAUUGACCACUAAAGCAAGACUUUCCAAGGAUUUGUGGUUCUGUGAAAAUGAGUCAAAUCAAUUAAAAAAAUCAAUUCAAAUGUGUGCCUCGUUAUAUAACAAUGUGAGAAAGAAAAUACAGUUGAGAGAAAAAGAGAUGAAGGAUGCAAUUGAAAAAUAUGCAAACCAAUUAUGUGCUGAAAUCAUGACUGAAAAGUACCAGUUCGAGAAAUAA